AUGAUGGAUGUUCGCGUCUCUGAUAACGGUGAUAUUAUCGAAGAGAGGGGCUGUUGUGGAGUUCUUAAGGAGGAGUUGCUGGAGCUGCGGUGGAGGGUCCUCGCUGUGGCAUGCUUUCUCACGUUUGGCAGCUACUACAUCUUUGAUUUUCCGGGCUCCAUAGGCACGGGUAGCGGAGCAACCCUCGAGCAACAUUUCAAGGUCCGGGGCAAGGUCUACACGCAGGAAAUGAAUCAGUUGCUAUAUAGCGUGUACUCGUGGCCAAACACGGUUCUGGCUAUAUUUGGGGGAGUUUUAAUUGACAAGUUUCUUGGGAUCCGCACCGCGAUGCUUCUCUUCACCUUUUUGGUGUUAUUUGGUGCCUUUCUCUUUUGGUUGGGCGUUUAUUACACCACGUAUCCACUGAUGCUAACUGCGCGUGUCCUCUUUGGAUUGGGCGGCGAGUCCCUCUCGGUGGCGCAGUCGGCAUAUGUCGCACGGUGGUUCAAGCAUGGACGUGGCAUGGCACUGGCGUUCGGUAUUACAAUCAGCUUUGCACGUGUCGGAUCGUCCUUUAACUUUUUAUUUUCGCCCAAAAUUGCAAAGGCGUGGAGCGUUGAAAUGGCCGCUCUUGUUGGCAUUUUUUCUUGUCUGAUUUCGUUUCUCUCCUGUUUUAUUUUGGUUCUUGCCGACAUAUACGCCGUGCGAAUCGGAUACAUCAGGCCGGCACCACAGGAGGAGAAUAAAAAUGUCAUGAAGAUUUCCGAUGCAUUGCGGCUACCGUUUGCCUUCUGGAUCCUCAGCACCAUUUGCGUCUUCUGCUACGCCGCAAUAUUUCCGUUUAUUGGUGUAGGCAAAAACUUUUUUGAGGUCAAAUACGGUUACAACUCUGACAAGGCCUCUGGCUACAUAUCGGCAUAUCAAUUUGCCUCUGCUGCAGGCUCGCCAUUGAUUGGACUUCUUGUGGAUAAUGUUGGGCGUAACACACUUUGGCUAAUUACGGCUAGUGGAUGCUUUCUUCUUCUUCAUGUGCUUCUGAUUUUGACUAUGAUUCCUGGUAUUGUAAUGACGAUCGCUAUGGGAAUUGCUUACAGUGUUCUUGUCUCUGGUCUCUGGCCUUCUAUUCCUUGGGUCGUGGGCGAAAAUGUUAUGGGUUUCUCCUACGGCAUCAUGACAAGUCUGCAGAACACCGGAUUAGCCGUUUUCCCUAUCAUUGUGGGGAGCAUACUUGACGAGUACAUACCAAAUGCGCAAAACGACAAUUCUUCCUCUUCUUCUUCUUCCUCCUCCCCAAGGGGUGGGCAGAAGGAUGGGGGUCUUCCCACGCUGAAAGGGUAUCAGAUGACCGAAUUGCUUUUUAUUGCCGCGGCUCUUGUUUCUCUGAUUGCCAGCAUUAUUCUUCUCAUCUCAGACAAACGCCACGAGGGUAUUCUCACCGCAUCAAGCCGUCGUCGGAUGGAAAUAGAGUCGGAGAAGCGUGAUGCCCUCUUGGAGAGCCUCCCGGAGGAGGAGCGGAAUAUGCUGUUCCUUCAGCGCGAGUAG